AUGAAGCAACAGGACUUCGCUGGUGUUGUUCUUGACACCAAGAUACUCACACCAGAGGAAGUCUAUGAUGUUGUGAAGUAUUUGAAUUCAGUGCUAAGCUCCCCAGUAAGAUUUCCGUUAAAGAAAAGGCUAUGUGCUUUUGCUUGUUGCAGAUUUGAAAAUUUGGACAAUGUUGACUCAAGCUAUUCUUAUUCUUUUGGUAAACAAGACUGUCUUAGUUUCUCAGUUGACAAAAACAUUUCGUUACUUGGAGUAACGUUAUGCGGGAGUGAAAACAGUGAAUAUUCUGUGACUAUACGCAUAAAGAAACAAGACGGUGCAUGUCUUGAUUCUGUAUCCGGGAAAUUUCUCUCUGUUCUCAUUGAAGAAGAACCGCAUUCCUUUUAUGGCUUCAGAAUUCUCUUUAACCAUCCAAUUGUCAUUGAAAAGGGAAUAAGAUAUCGUAUCGAAGCUUCUAUUUCUGGUGCCAAUUCCUGUUUUGGUCGAAAUGGUCAAAAGAUUGUGGCUUGUUCUGGGAUCAACUUUAGUUUUAAAGGCAGUUCUAAUAACAGCAGUGGAACUGGAGUUGAGCAAGGGCAAUUUCCGGAACUCCUAUUUCAAACAAUGUAA